AUGUCAGAUGCGGAUUUUCAUUAUAUUCUUGAGCCUAGAAGAAAUCGAGCUAGUGGUUCUACUAGGUCUCUCACCAUACCAGAUACUGGCAGACACGACUUGAUUUUUGCGAUCGCAGAGCAAAUUUCAAACGCCGCAUACGAAUCGAUUGGAUCUUUGGAUGAAGAAGCCGUGAACAGAAUCUGUAAGACUUUACCAAGACUGUUGGAAGGGCUGUCCAUGAGCAUUGGCCAGCAGAAUCCCUCUUCAGAGGAGCACAUGGCCGUUAUGUUAUUCAUACGCAAAUACUGCCGGUACAAACAACCCAGCUACGACAAUGUCACUUUGAACAAUCGCGACAGUCCUGGGGUGGCUGGGAUGGAAAAGAAUAAGGGGCCGCAAGGUAUCGGUCUGGCAAAGGAGCCCGAUGGCUCCAUAGAGCCACCGCUGCUGGGCAUGGAUUACCCAGCACCCUCCAGUGACAAUGAAGAUGACAAGCCGAGCCCGUACUUACCUGGCAUUCAAGCCUGCGUCUCUCUAAUACAAUCUGACAUAGGCUUCACCAAGCUACAAUCCGAUAUCCACCGAGAAUAUCUCACAGAAGUCAACCGGAGUGAGCCUCCAGAAAAUAUCAUCAUGACAUUCAAGGUUGAUUGGGAUCCACUCGAUUUUCUCCAGCGGGAGUAUCCUGAGUCAUCCCAGAAUAAACUCGGGAACUCUGUUGUGCUGACAGGGUCGAUCGAGAUGGCACAAGCACAGACUUGCUCAGAAUAUCUCAGACAAACAUGGCCAUGUAGCGGACUCGAUAUUUUAAAGCUUAUUCAAGAUGGGGUCGACAAUAAUUGGCCAUCUCAGCUUUCAUGUGAGCCAGCUCUAGUCCAGAACUGCCAGGAAUAUUAUUAA